AUAUACACCAAACUGCAUUAAGUGUGAAUUAUUUGUUGAUUAUUGAUAACAUAGCAAAUGGCAGAUGUGAAACACUCCAAAGGCAUCACCGCUGGAAAGCCUCUUCAUUGCAAAGCUGCUAUUGCUAGAGAAGCAGGACAACCAUUGGUGAUAGAGGAGGUGAUAGUGGCUCCACCAAAAGCCCAUGAAGUUCGGAUCAAGGUCAUUUGCUCAUCACUCUGUCAUACCGACAUCACCAUCUGGAAAUUAAAAGAUUUUCCUGGAUGCUAUCCAAGAAUCUUUGGCCAUGAGGCUGUUGGGAUCGUAGAAAGUGUAGGAGAGGAAGUAGAUGAAGUGGUGGAAGGCGAUUAUGUGCUACCAGUUCUCAUAGCAGAUUGUGGGGAUUGCAAAGAUUGCAAGUCUAGCGAGAGCAAUUUGUGUUCGAAGCUGCCAGUUAAGAUCUCUCCGUGGAUGCCUAGGGAAGAUAGCAGCAGAUUCACUGAUUUGAACGGGGAAACUCUGUUUCAUUUCGCGUUUGUUUCAAGCUUUAGCCAAUAUACUGUUGUCGACGUUGCUCAUCUCACUAAGAUUGACCCAUCCAUUCCUCCCAAUAGGGCAUGUCUUCUAAGCUGUGGGGUUUCCACUGGGAUUGGUGCUGCUUGGCGAGCUGCCAAUGUCAAACCAGGAUCAACAGUUGCUAUAUUCGGCAUUGGAGCCAUUGGACUAGGGGUGGCUGAGGGAGCAAGGCUUAGUGGAGCAGCGAGGAUAAUAGCAGUAGAUAUAAAGCCAGAAAAAUUCGAAUUUGGUAAAAAGUUUGGCGUUACAGACUUUAUCAACCCGAACACUAGUGAGGAUAAUAAGACUGUUAGCCAGAUUAUAUGCGAGAUGACAGAUGGAGGUGCAGAUUAUUGUUUCGAAUGCGUAGGAAAUGCAUCUUUGGUACAAGAAGCUUAUGCUUCAUGCCGAAAGGGUUGGGGAAAAACAAUUGUGCUAGGAUUGGACAAUAAGCUAGAUGCACAAUUGAGCUUCCUUUCUAUGGAUGUGCUGCUUAGCGGUAAAACUAUAAAAGGAUCAGUAUUUGGAGAUCUUAAGCCAAAAUCUGAUGUUCCUAUCCUUGUAAAACGUUAUUUGGACAAGGAAAUUCGACUUGAUGACUUUGUGUCACAUGAGAUAAAAUUGGAUGAGAUUAAUAAAGCAUUUGAAUUGCUUAUGGAAGGAAAAUGUCUUCGAUGUGUAAUAUGGAUGGAUUAAGAAGUUUUUUAUCCACUAUUGUGAUUUAUGACAAACUCAAAUAAUGUAAUAAUGACAUUAGACAAUUUUCUAUGUUCACAUAAUAAAUAAUAAAUAAAUAAAUAAGACCUUUACACUUUA